AUCCCUUGUAGAGGAUCAGUAACCCCCCAGCCACUAAACACGACAAACAGCCUCGUCGCAAGGCGUCUUGACCCGUUGACAGUGAAAGUGAUCACUCCUUCACUGGAUGCGAUUCCCUGUUACCCUCAUGACCGCCACGGCAGUUAGCACCCCCGAGAAUAAUACAGGAGCAUAGUAACGCGAAUAAGCAACCAGCAGCAAGGCAUGCUGCACGAGCUACUCAUCGCUCUCUCGGGAUACCCAGGCGAUAUCUUUCGACCCUUCCCACUCGAACCAGAAGUCGCGACUACCUUUGCCGUCAUCGACUUCCCACUGCUACACCCAGCUGAAAAGGAAUCGCUCAAUCGACUCGCCCAACUCGGCUUCUACUUUAAAGAGUUCAACAGUUUCAUAUCCGCCUGCCGUUCAACUCGCACUCCGUCACAUGCUACGGCAUCGGCUCAACAACAGGCAGCACCAGCGGGCCUUUAUCUGAAGGCGGUUGCCAAUGCCCUCGAGCGGAAACUUCAGGAAUACCGACAGGUCAUCAUCCAGACCGAGGCUGCUAUCCUUUCAGGAGAAGAUAACCUGGGCGCCAUCGUACCUCUCUCGACAAUCACUGCACGGUUCGCACCCUUCCAGCUUGUCUUUCCCGCCCUAUCGAAUCUUGUAUCUGAAAUCAGGAACGCGUCGACAACAGAGACGCCUUAUGCAGGGGGCCGAUUGGUCGAUCUCUUACGGGACAGGGCUGCUUCGGGAGUGCCGAUUCAAAAGGAAUGGAUGAACGAGCUGCUGCAAGGUUGCUGCGCGGUCAUGAUGCGGCAGAUCGUGUCUUGGGUGAUAUACGGCCAGAUUCAGGACCCCUUUGGUGAGUUUUUCGUGAUGCAGCUGCAGUCGACUGGUGAGGCUACAGGUGCGGGAUCGAGCGGUGGACCGUCAGCAGGAAGCAUGGCUCGAUCAAGGUUAUUAAAAUCUUCGAUGGACGCUCAUGCUUCUCCUCUAGCCACGGCCUUUUCGGCAUCAGGAUUGGCCUCUAUCAAAUGGCAAGCAGAAUAUACACUGGACGAGAGUGUGCUCCCAGCCAUGAUACCGGCGACCCUGGCUCAUGCCAUGCUCUUCAUCGGGAAAUCGAUCGCGACAGCCAGGCAGGCAAAGCCCAAGCCGACCCCUAUACCCCAAUCAAUGACUCACCGACAUCUGGACCUGAUCCUGCCCCUUGCUUCGUCCACUACGCGCAGUUUAUCCACAGCCAGCAAUGACAUUUCAUUAGAAGUGCUUAACAUGAAUCAGCUCACGAACAUCAUUUAUCAGAUACGACGGGAUAUCGCCAAUCAUCUGUGGGUCGUAGUCCAGGUCGGAGACAAAGUUGUAAGGGCGUUGGAUUCUUUCCGUCGCUAUUUUCUCCUCUACGAUGGAGAGUUUGGGCUUAAUCUUAUUGAGGCACUGGAGGAGUUCAAGCGGAACCGGCUGUCUAGACUGGGACAAUUCGUGACAGCAAACACGCCGAAUGUGUCAAUACGGGACCAUGAUCUGGGAGGAAUACUGGUCAAGGCGGCAAAGGGAACCUCGGCACAGGACGACCCAGCGUUAAGGAGGUUUGAGCUGCGGUUACAUAAAUACCUCGGCGGAACCAAUGAAAAGACAGGAAAGGAACCGCCAGCGCAGGGCAAAGGUGGAAUGGAGAUUGGAAUGUUUGACGACCAGCUUCUUGGUAUCCCUGUUCGACUUUGCUACACUUUGACGUGGCCACUGGAUUUUUUUCUCACCACUGAGGACCUGGACCACUAUGGCGAUGUCUUUGCAUUCUUGCUGACGGUCCGCAAGACUCAGGUGAAACUACAGCAGGCAUGGCUCGAUAUCAAGGUGAUGACACAGCAAAUGAACAGUAGGAAGCGAGGAGGCAGUGCUAGGGCGUACACUCAUCGGAUCAAGGGGAAGGACGGGCAAGACGAAAGCAGUGCACAGGAGGUAAAGAUCUUGAAGCACGUCGCAGCCAUGCGAUCCGAUAUGAUCUUUGUCGUAGAUUGCCUCUGGACCUACCUUCAGAUGGAUGUAAUCGGUCCUACCUACGACAGUCUUUUGCGAAACAUUAUUACACAUGAGAAAGAACAGCGACAUGGCCCGACUCCCUCUUCGGAGGACUCGCCCACAGCGACAUCUCAGAGCUUUGACUCGAUCCACAGCUCACAUGCGGAGGCAUUGUACGAGAUCCGCCGCGCCUGUCUGCUCACUUCAGAGAUCCUUUCGACCUCUGUCAAGGACAUUCUUGGAUCGAUUGAGACAUUUUGUGCGGUCGUUGCACGCCGUUCUGCAGGUCAGGACGGCUUCCGGUCGGGAAUCGCGGCUGAACGGGAUGAAAGCAUGUGGCAGGACUGGACCAACCUCUCCCAUCUUAAUCAGGCGUUCCGAUCAAGCAUGGCUAAGCUGUUUGGGGAUCUGUCUGUAGUCUCGCGUUCGGGGUCAUUGGGCGACGGACCUGUGCUGAGGAGGAGUGUCUCUGGUCUGAGUUCGAGUCUUCUGGGCAAUAGCGCAAAAUCCUUUGAUGUGAUCCGGCAGGUCGACCAGCUGUUACUUCGGCUUGAAUAUUCGAAGCGCCUUUGGUUUAGCAACGACCCUGGCGAUGAUGGUAGUGAGCUAGAGGGCGACGAAUAAUAAAUAUUUUAGUUGCCACCAAAUAGGAAAAAAAAAAAGGGUUUGUUAAGGGGAUAACGGAAUAAAGCC